GGCGCCCCGGUGUCCGCCGGUCCCCCGACGCCUCUUGUGACAUGACAGCUCGGGGAAGAAAGAAGAGGAUUAAAGGUUACAGGCAGGGGUUCAAGCAGGAGAGCAGACGGGUUGGAUCCUCGAGGAGAGGGCACACGGAAAGUGUGCGCUGUUUGAGUGGAGAGGUUACAAUCAUACCCACAUCAACAAUUCAUGUGAUACUUUUUUAAAUCCGCGAAGGGUAUUUCUCUUGUGGUUGGCAGCCUGCAGAGGGGUCAGAACCAAGGAGCAGCGCCUCUGGAGCCUGGUUGAGGUGCCCGUACAUCAGCAGGGCGGGUGCCUGCUGACACAGAGGGGCUGAGCCUGGACCCCGGUCUCACUGGACCCGACUGUCCCUCACCGAAGCCUUAUUGUUUGAUUCUGAAUUGGGCCUACAGCGUGGUAGCACCCACCUUUGCCUUACAGUUUCAUCUGAUGCACGGCCUCAUAGUGUUGAUACUGGUCGAGUCCCGGUCAGCUGUGCUCCUCCACAGGCCUGUCAGGCUCUCUUGGCUGCUCCUGACCAUCACCUUUACCUGCACAGCCAUGGGCUGCAUCCAGAGCAUAGCCUGUAACAAGUCGCGCAUCAAACGAGAAAACAUUGUGGUGUGCGACCUGUCCGCCACCAUAGACCACUGCCCGACUGUCAUUGAGGAGAACUCGCCCAUAGUGCUUCGGUACAAGACGCCCUAUUUCAAAGCCUCGGCGCGGAUUGUGAUGCCCCCUAUUCCGCGCAAUGAGACAUGGGUGGUGGGCUGGAUCCAGGCGUGCACUCAGAUGGAAUUUUACAACACCUAUGGAGACGUCGGCAUGUCGAGCUGGGAGCUGCCUCAGCUACGAGAAGGUCUUGUGAGGGCCAUCAGCGACUCGGAUGGCGUGAGCUACCCCUGGUAUGGAAACACCACAGAGACUGUCACCAUAGUGGGCCCCACCUCCAAGCCAUCCCGCUUCAUCGUUAGCAUGAAUGACAAUUUUUACCCCAGUGUCACCUGGGCUGUGCCGGUCAGUGAAUCCAACACACCCUUACUGACUAACAUCAAAAGAGACCAGAGCUUCACCACCUGGCUGGUGGCCCUCAACACUACAUCCAAGGAAAAGAUCCUGCUCCAUACCAUCAAGUGGAGGAUGAGGGUGGACAUCGCGGUGGAUCCAUCCCUGCCUCUGGGCUCCAGAGCCAGGCUGGUGGGCCGGAUACACCAGGACCAGCCAAGAGUGCUCACCCGCAUGGAGCCCAUCCCUCCUAAUGCAAUGGGGAGGCCCAACGCCAAUGACGCGCAGGUUCUGAUGUGGAGGCCGAGGAGGGGGCCUCCACUUGUUGUGAUACCACCCAAGUAAAACGCUGAGAGAUCUGAUUGGCCGUUUGCUACAUCACAUCACAGUAGGCCACUCCUGCAGUGAAACGGAUGAAAGUGAUAAAAUUAAUCAGAUGGAAAGACAAACUGAAUAUCCACAAGCAGACUGAGAUUUUAAUGGUCAAUGGCACAAAUCAGAGUUGCAUUUUUUUUUUUUUUGCGCGUAAAAUCGUGAGGGGACAACUGC